CUACCCCAGCCCCCCUCUACAGGACAGCCAGCCCGUCUAGAGUUAUUCCAGGAAUGUGUUGAACACUGAACAUGGCCGCCGCGAUGAAGGCGCAGAAAACGGGACUCCUGGAACUUCGGUUGAGCGUGGACCGCUGGGUCCGGGUGUUGGCGACACUUACCGAGGACACACUCACCGUCAACCCCGGAGAAGGCGUCGAGGAGCCCGCGAAGCCGGCUCCGAGUCCCGCAGGUGCUGUCAACGGAGACCCCCCGAACCUCAGCUCGUCCUCGGUCCCGGAAACCAUCACCAACGUGAAGCGCACCGUUCGCAUUACCAAGCAAGAUGUGGGAGGACUGGGAAUUAGUAUCAAAGGAGGAAAGGAAAACAAGAUGCCCAUCCUCAUCUCCAAAAUUUUUAAAGGCCUGGCUGCUGACCAGACUGAGGCGCUUUAUGUUGGCGAUGCCAUAUUGUCUGUCAACAGUAAUGAUUUACGGGAGGCCACACACGAUGAGGCUGUGCAAGCGCUUAAAAAAACUGGCAAAGAAGUCAUUCUUGAAGUGAAGUACAUCAAGGAGAUGUCAUCCUAUUUUAAAAGCCCUGGUUCCCCUGGAGCAUCCCUCCCCUGGGAUUCUCCCCCUUCAACACCUCAGAGGGGAGCUGAACUCUCCCCUGCUGAGGUGAAAGAUCCUCGCAGCAUCCCGCUGAAAAUGUGCCAGGUGUCACGGAAACAGUGCCCCCCAGACACAGAGAACAGGUAUUUUGAGGUUGUCUCAUCCAGCAGAAAGAACUCCAUGUUCCUGCGGGCAAAAGACCCAGCCAUGGCCCAGUCCUGGUACAAUGCCAUUCAAGCUGCUGCCGCCAACCUUUUCCCGCAAGUGAAAGAGGAGCUGAAGAGCAUGCAGCCUGGCAUGGAGGUCAAACAUCUGGGCUGGCUUGCAGAGCAGGUGUCUCAUGGUCCAGAGAGACCUGUUCUGGCUGUGUUGACAGAGAAGGACCUGCUCCUGUAUCCAGCCUUUCCUGAAAGCAAAGAGAUUAUGAUCAAUCCCACCAAGAGACACCCACUCAUCACCACCAGGUUGGUCCACUCCGGCCCAGGAAAAAGUUCUCCUCUUUUGGACUCUGAGCUGUCGUUCGGUCUGCGUUCGGGCACCAAGCAGGGCGUGGAGACGCACGUGUUCAGAGUGGGUUCUGCUAAGGAGCUGUCCACCUGGACUCAUCUGCUGGUGGAGGGUUGCCACAACGCUGCUGAGCUCAUCAAGGAGGUCACUGCAGACUGCAGCUGGAACGGAAAGGACUGCACUCUGGGAGUCCACAUCAAUGACGGUUUCACGCUAUUCACAGAAGAAAUGGGUGUCAGGAAGAAUAUUCUCCUCCAGCAGCCCUUCGAGCGCCUCCGAAUGUCCUCGGAUGAUGGAGUUCGGAUGAUGUUCCUGGACUUUGGAGGCCCUGAGGCUGAGAUUCAACUUGACCUUAAAUGCUGCCCGAAGACUUUAGUGUUCAUCAUCCACUCCUUCCUGUCUGCUAAGGUCAAGCGGCUCGGCCUCCUGGCGUGAUGAAGGCCGGCCAUCCAGAACGCCAGAAUAGGAAUAUUCAGUGAGACAAACUCCAGCCUCAGAAAACUUACGACGACGGGGCCAUGGGACACAUGCUGACAAGACCAUUCUUCUCAGCCUCCCAAGGCCUCGAAGAGCUUACCGUAUUUGGUCCGACACCCUGUGGUGUUUCAUGUGAAGUGAAGAGAGAACCAGAACAUUGAUGGACAUUUACAAAAUUUGUUGUUGUAGAUGUAAUGUUUUCCUUUUUUUCACAGGUGGUGCAAGUCAGUAACCUUUUAAGGGGUCUGAUAUCUGUCAAAGCUGUCUAAGUAGGUCAUGACUCUCUCAGAUUUUAGUUUUGUUUAAUGUCAUUGGAGGCUUUUGUGAUCAGCGUCUUUUCAUCCUACAAUCUCUGCUUUCUGUGCUGUGAAAAGACCAAACCCAAGUUAUUUCACCAUUGUCCUGAUUGAUGUUGGACAAACACUUUUUUGGUAUAGAAGCAGCUUGGGUGGAGUGACAGAAUGAUGUGUUUGAUCACCACUUGAUCAAUAGUCUGUGCUGAACAAUGUACAGCUGCCUUUUCUCAGAGAUAUUACGAUGCUUUUUAAGACAAAUUUCACUUAUUUUUAUUGACUCAGAACAGCUCUUUGGAUUUAGUUCUACUGCUUUAAGAAGACUCGUAAUAUAUAGUCUAACGAGAUUAUUAACAAUAUUUUAAAAGGUGUUUAUUUUUAUUAUAAAUUAGAUGAAACUUUCACAUUUAAAAGGAAUUAAACUUCAGUCUCACUGAUCAUGAGCUGGUAAUGAUAGAUUUAACUUCACUGCUAUGAGAAAUACACAAUCAGAUCUGUUGUUUAAACACUUCUAUUAACAAAAGUUGUCUUUAUCUUUUUUAUUUAAAAAGUAUUUUCACCAGAGAGAACAGUUUGUCCAUUAUUGAAGAAUAAUAAUAGUCCCGACUGAACGUGAAACAUGUUCAUGUUACAAAGCGUGUUAUUUCUUCAAUGCUUGCAUUAACCUACUAUUUAAAACCUGGAGGCCUUCUCUCUCUCUCUCUCUCUCUCUCUCUCUCUCUCUCUCUCUCUCUCUCUCUCUCUCUCUCUCUCUCUCUCUCUCUCUUUCUCAAUGUUAAACAGACUUAUUAAUAUAUAUUUCUGAACUUGUUUGCUUCAAGAACAAAAUGUCUUGUAUAUUCUUAUUUAAACAAAUGUGUGCCUUGCAGCGCUGUUUGUAUAUAAACAUGUAAUAAACUUUGUUAACUUUUA